AUGCCUCCCAGAAUACCAAUCACGCAGGUCGCACGAUGCUGCCGGACGUCAAUUGAGCGAACGUCCGUCUCAGGGACUGCGAGCAUCCCUCUCGCGUCACUGUUCGCUGCGCUGUCCAUACAACAACCGCCUACACUACCAGCGGGGUCGCAAACGAGGAGCGCAUCCAUCCUAGCGAAUCUUCGCGACAAUAAGGGGGCCUACAACAAGCGUAUCCGGAAAGGCCGUGGUGCAUCCUCCGGCUACGGCAAGACAUCCGGUCGCGGUCACAAGGGCCAGGGGCAGCACGGCCAUGUGAAGCCUUGGUUCCAGGGUGGACAGACGCCCUUGAUCUUCAAGCAUGGUUCUCGGGGCUUCGUGAACCACCGCAAAGAAGUCAUGUCCGAAGUGAACCUCGACCGCCUGCAAGCCUGGAUCGACGCGGGCCGCAUCGACCCGACGAAGCCGAUCACGCCCAAGGAGAUCGUCCAGUCGGGCCUGCUGGGGCGCGCAAAGGACGGCGUCAAGCUCCUGGCGCGGGGGUCGACGGAGCUCCGGGCGCCCAUCGAGAUCGUGGUGUCGCGCGCGUCCGCGGCCGCGAUCGAGGCUGUCGAGCGCGCGGGCGGCAAGAUCGUGACGCGGUACUACACCAAGGACUCGAUCAAGCGCCUCCUCAAGGGCGAGAGUGUCAACACGGUGGAGCCGCUGCCCGUGGGCCAGCACCACGUCAACGCGGUGCUGGAGAAGGCGAGGGCGAGCCCUUUCACUUACAGGCUGCCGGACCCGACGAGCAGAUGGGAUAUUGAGUACUACCGUGAUCCGGCACACCGAGGUUACCUGAGCCAUCUCUUGAAGCCGGGUGAGAGUCCUUCGUUGUAUUUCAAGGUGCCUGGUGAGCAGGUUGCCAAAAAGGCUGCCAGGGCUAAGAAGGAGGAGGAGGGUGACCCGAAGCUGUUUUGA